AUGGCGACGAACAACGUACCUACCAGAGGCCGCAAGCGGUUUCUGUUCGACCUGCAGAACGCCACACAGACUGUCGCACAAGGCGUGCAGGUCCAGGGCCUCCGUUUGUUGUCUGAUAUAGCCAUUACUCCUGGAGACGAAGAUGGCUCCUUCGAUUGUGUGAUCUCUCAAGUGGACGGCGGGCUGAACGCCACACUGACUGUCCUCAUAUCUGAUGCCUCUGAGUAUCCUUCCGACCACACUUUUUUCUGCUCGUCUGAACAUGAUCUCCCUCCGGAAGUUUCGGCGGUCACGGAGACUGUCCAUGAGGACGGCUCACUGUCGAUCCAGGACCUCCUGAUGCGCGUGCUUGAGCGAAUCGCCAAAAGAAUGGCUGCAACUCGACGCAAGCAAAGCACACCGGGCGAUAAUGAGAGUGACGACGAAGCACAGUCUGAAAUGUCCGAAGACGACGACGAAGACGCGUACGGCGUAGAAGACUACGACAUGGAGGACGCCGAGAUCUUUGGCGUGCAAUCGAUGGCCCAAACGCUCGACCAAGAGUUCAACGAGAUUGUGGCGCACGGCUACCAGCCCGGCUUCAUCCGGUUGGGUGUGGACGACUUUGCCCUAUCAGUUGCCCUGCCUGCGAAGUCACUGGCUGACACGAUCUCCCCGCGCGCACUCGUGGCGUGGGAUAAACGCCUCCUAUCAGGCCCCCAUUAUCUCACUCUGCUGAUCUCAGGACUUCGAGGGGUCCAUCCAGCGGUCGAACCAGACGGAACGCUUACUCGGGUUGCAGUGGCCCGUAGCGCUGCGCCUCAUUUCCGCGUAGGCCUCACGCCCAACUACAAGCCAAACAAUGAAGAUACUGCAGAGCUUCUACGCAAGUACGGCUUGAAGGAAGACUAUGGCGCGUCUUCCGACGAUCCUGCGAAGGAAGAACAAGAGCCGCAAAACGCGCACGGCCAGGAAGAGGAAGGGCAACUCCUCGACCCUGACUUUGACUUUGCAGACCCCAUUGAGCUGCCGGAGAUCGAGGAAACGACUCAGGGAUUCCGCCCUUUCAGCUUGAGUUCGUCGCUUGAGAGUUUGCUGAACGGCCACUUCCUGGCACUGCUGCAGCUGAGAAUCGAGUACCACCUCGGAUGGGCCGGAGCUGAGGUCCUGCGUUGCGAAAUCGAGGCAACGCAGAGGUCGGCCGCGGAUAUACUACGCGACAAAGCAGAGGAAAUCGCCAUGGCGGAUAGUGCUGAUGUGACGCUGUCAGAGAGCUACCGUCUUCCUAUCGACUGUCUCCUCGAUCGAAGCCCGCAGGAUCCAGUCAACCUCCCGCUUGUCGCUUUCUCCUACUUGAUGCGCCGCCUUACGCUAUGCCCUCGUUACUGCCUCGUUUGUCAUCAGCAGCUCAAGGACGAUUUGGGGGCGCUCAAGCCGUACGUGUGCAGCUCCCCCUUGUGCACCUACCAAUACUACAACCUGAACCGAGGACCAUCACUGGAGUACGAGAUCUGCUCGAACCCAGUCGUUGUGGACCUUUUGGUCUCUCUCGCCUACAUCGCGGCAGCAGAGGGUGCGCUGGACGCGCCUCUGCCUAUAGGCAUGGGCCUCCGCGUGAAGUGCCGAUCCUUAACACCUGAGGACCCGGACGGGCUGCACGACUUUGACCAGCUCGAUCUUCCCAACAUGCGCGGCGUCAUCCGCAACCUCAUCGACCAGAUACCUCCCAUCGCCGAGUUGAAGCGGCAUCUAGAGCAGCCACGCAGGCCAGGACAUGCGAAACCCCGUCUGCAAGAUAUCGACCGCGUUGUUCCAGAGGCGGCGUGGCUGGUCCUGCGGUGGUGCGUCGCUUCGUGUACUGCGCAUCUGGAGGAGCUGCAUUCGGAAGACGAGAAAGUCAAGAACAUGGAUCCAACGUGGCGCCAGUUCCGCUUCAGCGUGGGCGCGCCGGACGCCGAGGCGAAGUUCCGUAAAGCGGUCCAGCUUGCGAAGGAAGAGAACCCGAGAGCUCAUGAAUUUCCGUCUCUUUAUGCUUUCCAUGGCUCUGGCGCCAAGAACUGGCAUUCGAUCAUCCGUCACGGCUUGUGGUUCAAGACGGUAAUUAACGGCAGAGCAUUUGGGCACGGGGUCUAUUUCGCGAAGGACGGCGCAAUAUCGCUCGGGACCUACUCAGCUGGGGCCGCGUCAUGCUGGCGGAACAGCGCUGUAAGAGCAACCUCUUGCGUUGCUCUGGCGGAGAUUGUCAAUCUGCCGAGCAAAUUCAUAAGCACUUCGCCGUACUUCGUGGUGGACAAGACCGAGUGGAUCGUCUGCCGCUACCUCAUGGUUAGAGGCCCAGCGCAACAGAGUGCGGUUCCUCUAGCGGGGACCAUCCCCUUCCUCAAUGGCCUCCCUCAAGCACCCGCUCCAGUUGCAGCGCCGGACGCUGAUGGCGUUGCUGAGGAAGAAGAGAUCGACUACGUGCCGCUCGACCCGCAGCACCCAUUGACUCUGUCCAACGUUCUUAUUCGCAUCCCGCAACCAGGAUAUGCUCUCGAGAAGCUGCUCAACGCCCGCCGAGAGGAGUUCAUCCCGAUGGACUACGACGAGGACGAUCUUCGGAUCUUCUCAGGAGACGUUGGCGACGGCUCAGGAGCGACCUCCGCGAGUAUCGAAGGUGCGUAUGGCACCGCCGCGGACGACUGGAAGCACAAUCGCGAGUGGGUCGACAAGUCCAUCGAGCAACUCAUGCCGCCCCCCGCGGAGUCCUCGCCCAUGGCUUCGACAUCCUUGCAGAAAGAACUCCGCGCGAUGCUCAAGGAGCAGAACGGCGCGAGGAGCUUGCGCGAGCUCGGGUGGUACAUGCCGGAGGAGGUCAUAGGCGACAACCUGUACCAGUGGAUUGUGGAGCUGCAUUCGUUCGAGGGCACUUUGCCAGUGGCGCAGGAUAUGGAGAGGCAUGGCAUCAAUUCGCUCGUCUUCGAGAUUCGGUUUCCGCUCACGUUCCCGCACUCUCCGCCAUUUUUCCGGAUCCUCAAGCCGCGGUUCCUCCCGUUCAUUCAUGGCGGCGGCGGCCACAUCACGGGCGGUGGUUCCAUGUGUAUGGACCUCUUGACGGCCGACGGGUGGCUUCCCAGCUAUAGCAUCUCUGCUGUUCUGCUCCAGAUCAAACUGGCGAUCUCAAACCUCGAACCUCGGCCCGCUCGUCUUGCACACAACUGGGAUACUCCAUACGGCAUGUUCGAAGCCCUCGAAGGGUACAAGAGGGCUGCGGCGACGCAUGGAUGGAAGGUUCCGGACGGCCUUGAUAGACUGACGCGAUGAUGAGGGGACUUUGAAAGAGGAUGAUCUCGUAGCUUUGACGAAGU